CAGUGGUGACUUUGCAGAUUGCAAGUUGGAGCUAAGACUAGAGGUGACAGCGUCACCUGCUGGUGGGAGGACAUAAUGGCAUCUCAGAUUGUUUUUCACUUAAAGCAAUCCAAGGGUUUGACCCUCAGUUUUUACUAAAACACAAGUAUUACUAAAAAAAGAACAACUAAAUGGUAGUACAUUAAAUACAGACAACCAGAUUGGUUUUGCUUUAAGGAUCAAUAAGAACUUCUCCACCACAGCCAUUAGAGAAAGUCCUGAAAUGAUUCCUCAGCAUCUGAACCGGUUUCUUUCAUAGCUCUGCAUCGGUCAGCCCUCCUCUCCGCCCCAGAACCGGCGCAAACCAUCAGCUGUAUGUUCGCAGGCUCCAGCCGCGUGCGAGGAAACAUGAGCGCAGGGAGAUAUUCAUGGUCCCGGGCUGCCUCUUAAAGAGGAGGAGGAGACGGCGGUGCGUGCGGUCAGAGCUCAGGAACUCAGGAGGGGAACAUGUGAGCGGGGCAUGGGCGGCUGGAAACGGGAUUACAGCUCAACAGAGACGCAGGAGGGACGCGGAGCAGGAGAGACUCGGUGACCCAGUGACAGAACCGAGGACAGCAUUUUCUCCCCGCGGAUUUGAGUCUUUACGCACCGCAGAAACGUGUCCAGACUGUCAGAGAAAAUGAACACCAUCGUGUUUAACAAGCUCAGCACUCAGGUGCUGUUUGAGGACAAAGCCAAUGAAGUGGAAAUGAGCAGCAGAAACUACUUGGAAGUCAUUGACGGGCAGCAUCCAGACCUGCUGUCCGGAAACCAGAGCAGAGACAGCCAGGGGAUCCGGCACCGGCGGAGCGGAGGCCGUCCCAGCGGCGGGAAAGUGCGGCACAAGCGCCAGGCCCUGCAGGACAUGGCGCGGCCGCUCAAGCAGUGGCUCUACAAGCACAGAGAUAACCCCUACCCCACCAAGACGGAGAAAAUCCUGCUGGCGCUGGGCUCACAGAUGACGCUGGUGCAGGUUUCCAACUGGUUCGCCAAUGCCAGGAGGCGACUGAAGAACACGGUGAGGCAGCCGGACCUGAGCUGGGCGCUCCGCAUCAAACUCUACAACAAAUACGUCCAGGGGAACGCCGAGAGGCUGAGCGUCAGCAGCGACGACAGCUGCUCAGAAGAUGUGGACAACCCUCAGAGGAGCCAAAGCGGCCCCCAGGAGCUCGGCAAACCCAUGUACCAGAGCGUGAUCAAGAAGGAGGGCUCCUCCAUGGUGGGGAUGGCCAUGGGCAUGGGCGCCGGUCUGCGCUCUGAAGCCGCCUCGCUAGCGGAGGACUACGUGUCUCCGCCCAAAUACAAGAGCAGCCUGCUGCACCGCUACCUGAACGACUCCCUGCGGCACGUGAUGGUGGCCAACGCCGUCAUGGACGCCCGCAAGAGGAACCACUCCGGCUCCUUCAGCUCCAACGAGUACGACGACGAGCUGCUGUCGCCGUCCUCCUCCGAGGCCGAGGCCAACUUCGUUUAUCGGGCCGAAACCGCCGACCAUGGAUCAAGUAAAUGUGACAAUGGUGGCGUCGCAGCUACGCAGAAGGAGAAGGUGAAGGGCAAAGAUGAGACGUACUGGAAGGAGAUCAACGCCGCCAUGGCCCUGACCAACUUGGCACAGGGGAAGGACAGCGUCUCGGGGACAACCAGCUGCAUCAUCCAGAAGUCCUCCCAUAUAGCAGAGAUCAAAACUGUAAAAGUGCCGCUGGUGCAGAAGUUUUAGCUUCGGACGUCAUCGCCCCUUCCCUCUAUGCAAACCAGCAAUCAUUCCUCUUUUAGUAAAACCCAAAUAAACUCCUCCUGUGGGCGUUCAAAGUGAGAAAAACUCAUUUGUUAUCGCAGAUUCUCCGAAAGAGGCCUUGACCAUCCUUCUCCUAAUGAGGCUGGUUUGGAAGUGUCGCUUCCUAAAAACAAGACACUUUUUUUGUAAUGUUAACUUAUUUUUUUAUGAACUUCUCAUUCAUUCUUUUGAUUUUUUUUUUAGCUACAAUUUUUUACAUUUGCCAAAGUGCCUGUGUUACUGAUGGUGCCUCUACCGUUUGUGAAGGACUGGAGGGACGAACUCCCUGCAGCAUUAUGUGCCUUAAACACAGAGAGGCAGACAAACUGCCAGCUUGUUCAAAGGCUCUGUUUUUGUUUUGACUGGUCUCCAUUUUGACUGAACCGUGCUUUGUCUUAGCCGCGCUCCGGCGUGCAGCGGGCCAUCCGUAACGACUGCAGAUAAGCGGCCUCCUCUUUCCUCCUUGUCUACGUCACGGCCUUGGAUUUCACGAACCAGCGAAGGAUUCCUCUCUUAUCGUUGCUUUUAGUUGCUAAAACGUGCACAAGCGCUCAGCUGGACUCAAGUGAGGACACCAGUGGAACACAUUCACGUUCAGCCGUGACCUAAAAGGGAUGUUUUGUUGUUUUUUGCUUUCACGUUAUCAGUGCUCUCACGUUUGAGCACAAGAUAGCCUGAGCGAUGGAAAAGCUGAAGAGGAAAAAAAUCUUCUGCGCCCUCGCAGCCUUUUGAUUCUCGGCUCCCUCAGCUGCUUAACAUGACACUCAAGAGAUUGUUUACAAGAAACCAGAGGAUAGGCUUAAAUGUUUCACUUGCUUCUCCAAAACCUCUUGUUUGUUCAAACAUUUCAGUAUUAUGUGUUUGUCAACUAAGCAAACGUCAAGAUUAUUGUGUUUUUGAUCAAAUGUUUGGCAUUAAGUUUUAGUUUUUGGCAUCCAUGUGUUACAAGUCACUUCAACAAAAGUCAAGCUUUUUGAAUUCAUGUACCAUAUUUUUCAGAGUAUACGUCGCAGAUUUUUUGCAUUGUUUGCCCUAAGGUGUGACUUAUACUCAGGAGCGACUUACAUGAGAUUUUUAAAAAUAAAUAGUUUGUUAUUUUCUCACUAACAACCGAUUGUCCUGUAGUGGUUGUAUCCCACUAACAACCACUAGGGGCACUAUAGGUGCGUGUAUCAGUAUUUGUUACUGUCAGUAACGCAGAAGAAGAAAUGCUGUCCCAAACCACCAUGGAGGAGACUCUGAUCAUUCUCCUCCUUUAUUAAUUUUUUCUUAUUUGCAUCGAGACAUUAUUUUUUUGAUUUUGACUCAUUCUGGACAGUAAGUCAACAAACUGGGUCACAGAAAGACGGAAGUACCGCUGAAAGCGCCGUCAUUCAGAUGCAGCUCCUGCAGUA